GCGGUUGCUAUGCCGUCUUGUGUAGUUUUCUACAGGUCUAUAGCAGCAACGCUAACGAACAAAAUGAUGGGACUGGUACUCGCGCCUUGAAAAAUAGAAGCGGAUUCAAAAAACGUUAUUUUCAAAACGCCAUAACGACGUUUGCUAAAAAAAUGGCUUGUAUACGCAGGGUGAACGGACAAUUCCCGUGUAUGAGCCCCGCUGUCAGCUGCUCCCAUCUGCGCCAUGUCCAGUCACUGCUGUGGGAGGGGGAAGCCAGCCCUGAUGGGAUUCUUUGCUCUCUGGGCAUUGACAGCAGGUAUAACGAGGGCUGCAGUGAGCUGGCCAACUACCUGUUCUACGGACUGUACCGGAAGAACCAGCUGAACCCGGAGCACAUUCUGGAGGACUUCCCUGAGGAGGUGCUGGAUGAUGUGAUCGUGCUGAUCAAGGCCGAGAGUGUUCACCUGUACUGUAACCCAGUCAACUACAGUUACCUGCUGCCCUACGUCUCCCACUGGAGGAACCUCACCAUACACUGCAUGAACCAGACAGAGUAUGAAGACGAGGAAGCAUCGGAGGAGUUCAAGAUCUCCAGCUUUGUGAGCAUGGUUCAAGACUGCAGCCGUAUAGGAGUUCCUUACAGCACCCAGGGCCACAUCCAGACGUUUGACAUGUUUAUGAUAGAGAAGUGGCCCAUCAUUCAGGCCUUCGCUCUGGAGGGGAUCGGUGGAGGAAGCUUCUUCACCAUGAAAUACAAGUUGAUGGACAUUAGUGAGAAGCUGUGGCAGACCUACACCAGAUUGGACCCUGUCUCCCUAGACAACCUGCUGACUGAGGACCUGGUGUUGUUUGAGAAGCAGUGGAGCAGUUUCUUCUCCAGCUUUGACAUUGAGAGCCAUCUGUCUAUCCUGGAGCUGUCUGAGGCUCAGGCAGGGGAGGCGUUCCGGAGUUAUUUCUCUCAUGGCCUGAUCUCCAGUAACAUAGCUGACAGCAGUAGGAGACGGCAGCCAUUGGUUCUGUUUGGGAGCCACUCCUCCAUGGAGAACCUUCACAGUUACUCCUUCAACUUCCCUUCUGAUGGACACCAGGUUCGCAACACCGGACUCCAAGGGACCCCAGCCAAACACAUGGUUCUCCAGUGUGUGGCUCCUAAAGGAUCUUUAGCCUGCUCCAGGACUUACUUCUUUGGAACCACUCACAUCCCCUACCUAGGGAAUGACAACAUGCAACAGAGGAAAACAGAACUCCUUCUUCUCUCUCAGAUCUAUGCAGCAGCCGUCCAGUCGGUCCUGGCUGGAAUCAAAUGCUACUCCAACACUACUAGUGCUACUAAGGCGAAGGACGUAGCAGAGCAUACCUUCCAGCUGGCACUGGACUCGGUCCACCUGCCUCAGUACAGAACUGCUCUCAGGUCUAAAAGUGUUUUCCACAUCCAAGCUGUGAACAACCAGGGCAGAAUUGUUCCUCUGAGUGAAGAAGGGAGCUGCUUCUUGGUGAAAACUGCGUCCAUGUCAGUGUACGACAUCCCAGACCUCCAGUGGGGGAAAGGAGACCUGGGCUCUGUAAUCUUCUCUGAGUCCUUCCUGGUGUCCAGCAUCAACAUCCAACAGAAAGAUGGAAGUGUUUCCUCAGACAGCUGCUACACCAUCCUGACUACAGCUCUGCCUCGCUAUGUCUGCUGGCUGGUGGAGUCUGAUGUGAAGCAUUCUGAGAAGGCCCAGAUCCUGCUGAAGGAGGAGGAUGGUACCUGCCUGGGCACCUCUUUGACUACAGCAGACACAGCUCAUGUGUUCUCCAACAGCCAGCUCUCCACUCCAGAGGAAGGUAAGAUGAGCUUCUUCACAGAGGGGAUCCUGUUUCUCCAUCCUCAGUACGGCACCAUCACUCUACCCAGGAGCCUCAUCAGCACUAUCAAGUUGUAUGACCUGGACUCGUCGAGCGUUGUGGCAGCUCUGUUUGUACAGUAUGACGCUGCUCUGCUGUCCCACCUGCCCUUCCCUCUCCACAGUGACGACCACUGUUUGGUCUUCGGCCUCCAGCCACGCUCACAGAGUCACCGAGCCUUCUACUCACAGGUGUUACCAGUGUGGCAGGGGUCAAACUCUGGACUCUCUCUGCAGCUGGUGGACAGAGAACAGCUGACCUGGGAUCAGAGGAACAUGCACUCCAGACUGCAGUGGCUGCAUGACUGCCAUGCUCCCCCUGUGGCCAAACGCAGAGGCAGCCUGAAGGCCUCAUACUCCCAGCUACCAGAACAGGAGAUGUUCCUACAGCACUUUGCUCUGAGCAGUGUGGGUCAGGAGCCCAUCCAGGAUGACCACCUGGGGGCACUGUUCUCCACGCCAGACACCAGGAACCCUCUGGCAGGACGCACUGACAAGGUGGUUAUAACCAUCAUCUCUGGACUACCGGGCAGCCACAAGAACAGACUGGUUAACUUCCUGGUCCAGCUGAAUAGAGAAGGAGGAAGGUGGGUGGUAUACCAUCCAGACAGCAGUGAUUGUUUCUCCACCUCCCACUUGCAGCGCUACCUGUCCUGCUUCCUGGAGACACAGAGAGCACCUGGAGGGAAGCCCCGCCUACUGCUGCUCACUCCUGGAUGUACAGAUGUAUUAGAUGUGGUCCAGGCGGUGCUGUCCCAUCCAGAUGCUGUGGUCCAGGCCUGUUUCACCAUCGGGGCGGUCACAGCCUGUGUGGACCCUCUCAGCUCAUACAUGGAACACAGAUUUGUCUUCCCGAAGCUGGUGGAGCAGUGCAGCCAAGGUAUAGUGAGUACGAUCGUCUUCACUGGACUGGCAGCAGAACAGAAGAACCCGAUCCUCCAAACCGUACAGCAGCUGAUCCGGUCAGCCAAUCCCAGCGCUGUCUUCAUCCUGGCAGAGAGAGGAGCUGUUACCAGGAAUGAGGAUGUGAAGAUGAUUUUGUCUGAGAGCAGCUUCUCUGAGGCGCAGAUGAUGAGAGCACGCUACCUGCUCUACCCUGGCUGGUGUAAAGGCCAGUUCAGCAGUGGCUGUGGGUCCCUGUCUCUGGUCCAGCAGUAUGUGAUGUUCAACCUUCCCCUGGAGAGACCUCUGUUUCUGAAACACUGUAAAGCCUUCAAGUCAGCUCUGAGACCAAACCCUUUCAGAGGAAACGUCUACAACAUCUGUGGGAAGGUCCUCUUCUCUGACUCUGAGAGGAUGAUGGAGGUGAGCUACAACACUGUGAGUGGGAAUCUCCGUGUCACUCAGCAGCCUUUGGGGGACAGCCACCAGGGAGACCAGGAGCCCUCUGGAUGCUUCCUGCUGUUCCAUGGAGUGGGAUUGACACAGGAGGCCCUGAAGGACUGGCUGAGGCUCUGUGUAAAACAGAAGGAGGUGAGGAAGAUGAAGAAGACCCACACCAGCCUUUCUCCUCAGGAGAUCAGGACCAUCCAUGUGAAGAGACAUCUGGACCCUCUGCCUCCAGGCUUCUUCUACAACGGACAACAGUACGUCAGCUUCUUUGGAGAGAAGAAGAGCUUCCAUCCACAAAUGGACCAGUUCAUAACGGAGUAUGUUGAGGAGGCCAACCGAGAGAUCGACCUCUUCAACAAUCAGCUGGAGCAGCAGCAGCAUCAGGACCUGUUUGACCCUUAGUGACCCCUAAUGACCCCCGAGGUUCGGGUUAAAGGUCGUCUGUCUCGUCCUUUUACUGGUUGUCCUCCUUCUCAGCACUUCUCAAAGGGAAACAAUACCAUACAUACUGUCACCUCCACUAUACCAUACAUACUGUCACCUCCACUAUACCAUACAUACUGUCACCUCCACUAUACCAUACAUACUGUCACCUCCACUAUACCAUACAUACUGUCACCUCCACUAUACCAUACAUACUGUCACCUCCACUAUACCACACAUACUGUCACCUCCACUAUACCAUACAUACUGUCACCUCCACUAUACCACACAUACUGUCACCUCCACUAUACCACACAUACUGUCACCUCCACUAUACCAUACAUACUGUCACCUCCACUAUACCAUACAUACUGUCACCUCCACUAUACCAUACAUACUGUCACCUCCACUAUACCAUACAUACUGUCACCUCCACUAUACCACACAUACUGUCACCUCCACUAUACCAUACAUACUGUCACCUCCACUAUACCAUACAUACUGUCACCUCCACUAUACCAUACAUACUGUCACCUCCACUAUACCAUACAUACUGUCACCUCCACUAUACCAUACAUACUGUCACCUCCACUAUACCAUACAUACUGUCACCUCCACUAUACUAUACAUACUGUCACCUCCACUAUACCACACAUACUGUCACCUCCACUAUACCACACAUACUGUCACCUCCACUAUACCAUACAUACUGUCACCUCCACUAUACCACACAUACUGUCACCUCCACUAUACCAUACAUACUGUCACCUCUACUAUACCAUACAUACUGUCACCUCCACUAUACCAUACAUACUGUCACCUCCACUAUACCAUACAUACUGUCACCUCCACUAUACCAUACAUACUGUCACCUCCACUAUACCAUACAUACUGUCACCUCCACUAUACCAUACAUACUGUCACCUCCACUAUACCACACAUACUGUCACCUCCACUAUACCACACAUACUGUCACCUCCACUAUACCAUACAUACUGUCACCUCCACUAUACCAUACAUACUGUCACCUCCACUAUACCAUACAUACUGUCACCUCCACUAUACCAUACAUACUGUCACCUCCACUAUACCAUACAUACUGUCACCUCCACUAUACCAUACAUACUGUCACCUCCACUAUACCACACAUACUGUCACCUCCACUAUACCAUACAUACUGUCACCUCCACUAUACCAUACAUACUGUCACCUCCACUAUACUAUACAUACUGUCACCUCCACUAUACCACACAUACUGUCACCUCCACUAUACCAUACAUACUGUCACCUCCACUAUACCACACAUACUGUCACCUCCACUAUACUAUACAUACUGUCACCUCCACUAUACCAUACAUACUGUCACCUCCACUAUACCGCACAUACUGUCACCUCCACUAUACCAUACAUACUGUCACCUCCACUAUACCAUACAUACUGUCACCUCCACUAUACCAUACAUACUGUCACCUCCACUAUACCAUACAUACUGUCACCUCCACUAUACCAUACAUACUGUCACCUCCACUAUACCAUACAUAUAGGGGUACAUAUAGGGGUGAUAAACAUAACUGAAUCAAGACAUUAUUAUGGUGAGAUAGCACAAGCUUUCUGUCCAGAUAAGAGGUUCAAGUUUACAUUGUCAGGGUGUAUCAUUCUAGGUAGCUUUCUAAUAGGCCAGGAGAAUUGGUUCUAUUUGUAGCCUGGCUGUUGGCAUUAUUAAAACUUUCGUCUCCUUUCCUAACCUGUCGUACGAUCCACAGCUCACCUGUUAGUUAGCAGCUUUCAGCAUCACACUGUUUAGCUGUUCUCACUGGCUCUACUGUGCUAAUAGCUUGUAUCAGUGUCAGACUUGGUGAGAGGAAGUGGACCCAGUCUCUCUACUGUGCUAAUAGCUUGUAUCAGUGUCAGACUUGGUGAGAGGAAGUGGACCCAGUCUCUCUACUGUGCUAAUAGCUUGUAUCAGUGUCAGACUUGGUGAGAGGAAGUGGACCCAGUCUCUCUACUGUGCUAAUAGCUUGUAUCAGUGUCAGACUUGGUGAGAGGAAGUGGACCCAGUCUCUCUACUGUGCUAAUAGCUUGUAUCAGUCAGACUUGGUGAGAGGAAGUGGACCCAGUCUCUCUACUGUGCUAAUAGCUUGUAUCAGUGUCAGACUUGGUGAGAGGAAGUGGACCCAGUCUCUCUACUGUGCUAAUAGCUUGUAUCAGUCAGACUUGGUGAGAGGAAGUGGACCCAGUCUCUCUACUGUGCUAAUAGCUUGUAUCAGUCAGACUUGGUGAGAGGAAGUGGACCCAGUCUCUCUACUGUGCUAAUAGCUUGUAUCAGUGUCAGACUUGGUGAGAGGAAGUGGACCCAGUCUCUCUACUGUGCUAAUAGCUUGUAUCAGUGUCAGACUUGGUGAGAGGAAGUGGACCCAGUCUCUCUACUGUGCUAAUAGCUUGUAUCAGUGUCAGACUUGGUGAGAGGAAGUGGACCCAGUCUCUCUACUGUGCUUAUAGCUUGUAUCAGUGUCAGACUUGGUGAGAGGAAGUGGACCCAGUCUCUCUACUGUGCUAAUAGCUUGUAUCAGUCAGACUUGGUGAGAGGAAGUGGACCCAGUGGCUCUACUGUGCUAAUAGCUUGUAUCAGUGUCAGACUUGGUGAGAGGAAGUGGACCCAGUCUCUCUACUGUGCUUAUAGCUUGUAUCAGUGUCAGACUUGGUGAGAGGAAGUGGACCCAGUCUCUCUACUGUGCUUAUAGCUUGUAUCAGUCAGACUUGGUGAGAGGAAGUGGACCCAGUCUCUCUACUGUGCUAAUAGCUUGUAUCAGUGUCAGACUUGGUGAGAGGAAGUGGACCCAGUCUCUCUACUGUGCUAAUAGCUUGUAUCAGUGUCAGACUUGGUGAGAGGAAGUGGACCCAGUCUCUCUACUGUGCUUAUAGCUUGUAUCAGUGUCAGACUUGGUGAGAGGAAGUGGACCCAGUCUCUCUACUGUGCUAAUAGCUUGUAUCAGUGUCAGACUUGGUGAGAGGAAGUGGACCCAGUCUCUCUACUGUGCUAAUAGCUUGUAUCAGUGUCAGACUUGGUGAGAGGAAGUGGACCCAGUCUCUCUACUGUGCUAAUAGCUUGUAUCAGUCAGACUUGGUGAGAGGAAGUGGACCCAGUCUCUCUACUGUGCUUAUAGCUUGUAUCAGUGUCAGACUUGGUGACAGGAAGUGGACCCAGUCUCUCUACUGUGCUAAUAGCUUGUAUCAGUGUCAGACUUGGUGAGAGGAAGUGGACCCAGUCUCUCUACUGUGCUAAUAGCUUGUAUCAGUGUCAGACUUGGUGAGAGGAAGUGGACCCAGUCUCUCUACUGUGCUAAUAGCUUGUAUCAGUGUCAGACUUGGUGAGAGGAAGUGGACCCAGUCUCUCUACUGUGCUAAUAGCUUGUAUCAGUGUCAGACUUGGUGACAGGAAGUGGACCCAGUGGCUCUACUGUGCUUAUAGCUUGUAUCAGUGUCAGAUUUGGUGAGAGGAAGUGGACCCAGUCUCUCUACUGUGCUAAUAGCUUGUAUCAGUCAGACUUGGUGAGAGGAAGUGGACCCAGUGGCUCUACUGUGCUAAUAGCUUGUAUCAGUGUCAGACUUGGUGAGAGGAAGUGGACCCAGUCUCUCUACUGUGCUAAUAGCUUGUAUCAGUGUCAGACUUGGUGAGAGGAAGUGGACGCAGAGCUGUCAAUCCCUGGUGAUAGAAAGUGUCUCCUGUUGUAAAUACUAGCUAGACCGUCACACAGCUCUAGUCAGCAUAGCAACGUGGUCCUCGGUAACAUAAUGUUGAUCAAACCUCAACAAAACAUUACUCCUCCCCUUUCACAUGACCACCUAACAUGCUGUGGGUGGGAUACUGCUUGUAAUGGGGAUGGUCUGAAAUCAAUUAGUCUAGUUUAGGCCAGUUUGGGCUGGUUUAGGCCAGUUUGGGUUAGGAGGGUUUGGGUUGAGGGUGUUUGAGGGAUGGGGAGGGUAGGACUGAUGUUGGCCAGAUAAGGGCUGAGGAAUGAGUUCGUAGUGGGGUAUUACAGGGAUGGGUAGGGUCAGAGGUCAGGGUCUUAGUAAUGGUGUAUUACAGGGAUGGGUAGGGUCUUUAGUAAUGGUGUAUUACAGGGAUGGGUAGGGUCAGAGGUCAGGGUCUUAGUAAUGGUGUAUUACAGGGAUGGGUAGGGUCUUUAGUAAUGGUGUAUUACAGGGAUGGGUAGGGUCAGAGGUCAGGGUCUUAGUAAUGGUGUUUUACAGGGAUGGUAGGGUCAGAGGUCAGGGUCUUAGUAGUGGUGUAUUACAGGGAUGGGUAGGGUCAGAGGUCAGGGUCUUAGUAAUGGUGUAUUACAGGGAUGGGUAGGGUCAGAGGUCAGGGUCUUAGUAAUGGUGUUUUACAGGGAUGGUAGGGUCAGAGGUCAGGGUCUUAGUAGUGGUGUAUUACAGGGAUGGGUAGGGUCAGAGGUCAGGGUCUUUAGUAAUAGUGUAUUACAGGGAUGGGUAGGGUCAGAGGUCAGGGUCUUAGUAAUGGUGUAUUACAGGGAUGGGUAGGGUCAGAGGUCAGGGUCUUAGUAAUGGUGUAUUACAGGGAUGGGUAGGGUCAGAGGUCAGGGUCUUAGUAAUGGUGUAUUACGGGGAUGGGUAGGGUCAGAGGUCAGGGUCUUAGUAGUGGUGUAUUACAGGGAUGGGUCGGGUCAGAGGUCAAGGUCUUAGUAAUGGUGUAUUACAGGGAUGGGUAGGGUCAGAGGUCAGGGUCUUAGUAGUGGUGUAUUACAGGGAUGGGUCGGGUCAGAGGUCAGGGUCUUAGUAGUGGUGUAUUACAGGGAUGGGUAGGGUCAGAGGUCAGGGUCUUAGUAGUGGUGUAUUACAGGGAUGGGUAGGGUCAGAGCUCAGGGUCUUAGUAAUGGUGUAUUACAGGGAUGGGUAGGGUCAGAGGUCAGGGUCUUAGUAGUGGUGUAUUACAGGGAUGGUAGGGUCAGAGGUCAGGGUCUUAGUAAUGGUGUAUUACAGGGAUGGGUAGGGUCAGAGGUCAGGGUCUUAGUAAUGGUGUAUUACAGGGAUGGGUAGGGUCAGAGGUCAGGGUCUUAGUAAUGGUGUAUUACAGGGAUGGGUAGGUUCAGAGGUCAGGGUCUUAGUAGUGGUGUAUUACAGGGAUGGGUAGGGUCAGAGGUCAGGGUCUUAGUAAUGGUGUAUUACAGGGAUGGGUAGGGUCAGAGGUCAGGGUCUUAGUAGUGGUGUAUUACAGGGAUGGGUAGGGUCAGAGCUCAGGGUCUUAGUAGUGGUGUAUUACAGGGAUGGGUAGGGUCAGAGGUCCGAGUUAGUAGUGUUGUUGACCACAUGCAGUUCCUUGAUGUGGGACUUAAGCUGCGUCCAUUACCUGUGAGAUAGAUGGGUGUUGGAGGUAGCUUACAUGUUCUCUCAGGACUACCUGUCGUGAUGUUCCUGGAGAUGGGACUUAAGCUACGUCCAUUACCUGUUAGAUAGAUGGGUGUUGGAGGUAGCUUACAUGUUCUCUCAGGACUACCUGUCGUGAUGUUCCUGGAGAUGGGACUUAAGCUGCGUCCAUUACCUGUGAGAUAGAUGGGAUUUAAGCUGCGUCCACGACCUGUUAGAUAGAUGGGACUUAAGCUGCGUCCAUUACCUGUUAGAUAGAUGGGACUUAAGCUGCGUCCACGACCUGUUAGAUAGAUGGGACUUAAGCUGCGUCCAUUACCUGUUAGAUAGAUGGGACUUAAGCUGCGUCCACGACCUGUUAGAUAGAUGGGAUUUAAGCUGCGUCCACGACCUGUUAGAUAGAUGGGACUUAAGCUGCGUCCAUUACCUGUGAGAUAGAUGGGAUUUAAGCUGCGUCCACGACCUGUUAGAUAGAUGGGAUUUAAGCUGCGUCCAUUACCUGUUAGAUAGAUGGGAUUUAAGUUGCGUCCAUUACCUGUGAGAUAGAUGGGAUUUAAGCUGCGUCCACUACCUGUUAGAUAGAUGGGAUUUAAGCUGCGUCCACUACCUGCUAGAUAGAUGGGACUUAAGCUGCGUCCACUACCUGUUAGAUAGAUGGGAUUUAAGCUGCGUCCACUACCUGUUAGAUAGAUGGGAUUUAAGCUGCGUCCAUUACCUGUUAGAUAGAUGGGAUUUAAGCUGCGUCCAUUACCUGUUAGAUAGAUGGGACUUAAGCUGCGUCCACUACCUGUGAGAUAGAUGGGAUUUAAGUUGCGUCCACUACCUGUUAGAUAGAUGGGAUUUAAGCUGCGUCCAUUACCUGUUAGAUAGAUGGGACUUAAGCUGCGUCCACUACCUGUUAGAUAGAUGGGAUUUAAGUUGCGUCCACAACCUGUUAGAUAGAUGGGACUUAAGCUGCGUCCACUACCUGUUAGAUAGAUGGGAUUUAAGCUGCGUCCACUACCUGUGAGAUAGAUGGGAUUUAAGCUGCGUCCAUUACCUGUGAGAUAGAUGGGAUUUAAGCUGCGUCCACUACCUGUGAGAUAGAUGGGAUUUAAGCUGCGUCCACUACCUGCGAGAUAGAUGGGACUUAAGCUGCGUCCACUACCUGUUAGAUAGAUGGGAUUUAAGCUGCGUCCACUACCUGUUAGAUAGAUGGGAUUUAAGCUGCGUCCAUUACCUGUUAGAUAGAUGGGAUUUAAGCUGCGUCCAUUACCUGUUAGAUAGAUGGGACUUAAGCUGCGUCCACUACCUGUGAGAUAGAUGGGAUUUAAGUUGCGUCCACUACCUGUUAGAUAGAUGGGAUUUAAGCUGCGUCCAUUACCUGUUAGAUAGAUGGGACUUAAGCUGCGUCCACUACCUGUUAGAUAGAUGGGAUUUAAGUUGCGUCCACAACCUGUUAGAUAGAUGGGAUUUAAGCUGCGUCCAUUACCUGUUAGAUAGAUGGGACUUAAGCUGCGUCCACUACCUGUUAGAUAGAUGGGAUUUAAGCUGCGUCCAUUACCUGUUAGAUAGAUGGGAUUUAAGCUGCGUCCAUUACCUGUUAGAUAGAUGGGACUUAAGCUGCGUCCACUACCUGUGAGAUAGAUGGGAUUUAAGUUGCGUCCACUACCUGUUAGAUAGAUGGGAUUUAAGCUGCGUCCAUUACCUGUUAGAUAGAUGGGAUUUAAGUUGCGUCCACAACCUGUUAGAUAGAUGGGAUUUAAUCAGAAAGGGGGCAGCAGUGUCAACAUAAUCUAGCUAUCUGGGAAUAUGGUCCAAUACUUUGUCUUCAUGUGGAAUGGACUGGUAAUGUUCAGUAGACAACAAUGGCGUCUUUGUACACAAAUAUCUGUGUAGGCUACCUGCUGUUACAUCUCUGUACUGCAGUUCAUAUUGGACCAAUUCGGGAACAGUGUUCAGUUUGUGGCUGAACCUUAACUUCAGAAAAUAACAGAAUAUUCAACAAUAUCAGUUGACUGGACAGUUACGGUCUGUUAAUUUAGCUCCACUCACCAGGAGAACAGUUACGGUCUGUUAAUUUAGCUCCACUCACCAAGAGAACAGUUACGGUCUGUUAAUUUAGCUCCACUCACCAAGAGAACAGUUACGGUCUGUUAAUUUAGCUCCACUCACCAAGAGAACAGUUACGGUCUGUUAAUUUAGCUCCACUCACCAGGAGAACAGUUACGGUCUGCUAAUUUAGCUCCACUCACCAAGAGAACAGUUACGGUCUGUUAAUUUAGCUCCACUCACCAGGAGAACAGUUACGGUCUGUUAAUUUAGCUCCACUCACCAAGAGAACAGUCCAUCUAUACCAAGCCUGUCAUACAGUCCAUCUAUACCAAGCCUGUCAUCUUACAGUCCAUCUAUACCAAGCCUGUCAUACAGUCCAUCUAUACCAAGCCUGUCUAUUCACAGUGCCUCCCAUGCUAGACGUGUUACUGUCUGAAUAGAGAAUGACCCAGUCCUCUGCUAGACGUGUUACUGUCUGAAUAGAGAAUGACCCAGUCCUCUGCUAGACGUGUUACUGUCUGAAUAGAGAAUGACCCAGUCCUCUGCUAGACGUGUUACUGUCUGAAUAGAGAAUGACCCAGUCCUCUGCUAGACGUGUUACUGUCUGAAUAGAGAAUGACCCAGUCCUCUGCUAGACGUGUUACUGUCUGAAUAGAGAAUGACCCCUAGCCAGUAAGUUAGUUAUUUCAGGGUCCAGGCCUGUUCCAGUCAGAUACACACCCGGUUAAUCAGUCAGCGAGACAGGCUCUAUCUGGAAAGGAAGACAGACUACAUCACAAUCCUCCUGACCCAUGUUACUAUUCAUUAUCUUAGAUUACAAUCCCUCCCUCUCCUUAACUUUAUCAAGUGCAAUUGUACUCUGUUUUUUUUAAUAUAUAUUCUAACUACCUUCACAGAACUAUUUUAAGGACUAUCUGAUUAAAUAAGGACUGCGUUCUCAGUCUCCACAUUGGAGGUAGUUAAUCUGCUAGACGUUUAGUACCAUGCUGACCUAAUCCACAGCACUGGAGACUAAAGCUCUGUCUCCGUACGACGGGAGUCUCUUCUGACAAGUCCUCUUUGUCUGCUUAGAGCAAAAGUUGUUUUCAUUCGCAAUACCACAGAGACCUGUCUUAGUUUGAGUGCGAGACACAGAGCCAUAGCUGAGGGUGAUUGAUAUCCUACGGCAUAAGACUGAAGAUGCCAUAACUACAGGCCCUAAUGGGCCGUGUUAGGAAACAGACACUGAUUGGUGGAGCUAUCAGUCCUUAAAGGGUUCUAGAGGGUUAUUAUGGAACAUGUUUGUGAUAUUAACUUUACCUAGUAGCACAUAUGAUACCACACUAUCUGCAUGUGUUAGGAUGUCCUUUUAAUAUAUAUAUAUAUAUAUCUAUGAUAUAUUCUGAUACUAUUGCCUUUCACCAAACUGGUAUAAACAAGAGAAAAUUAUCACAUUUAUUUUACAAAACUGGUGAGAAUUGAAGUACCUCAGACACCACUAGAGUAUUUUUGUAACGCUGUGAAUUGAACAGAGAAAAAAGCUAAAGAGUCAAUAUUUUUUCUCACACAAUUGAAUAAAGAAGCAAAACGGAGAAAUGUUGUGAGACGUGAUGUUUCUCUGGUCCAGCAGUGCCUUGGCCCGUUACUAUACGGAAAUAAUCCUGUUCAGAGCUCCAGCCCCCUCUAGUCUACAUUCUACUGCUACUGUACAUGACGGGGCUGGAGGCUGAGGAACCGUCCCGAAACGGUAUUUAGUGAAAGGAACCGUCCCGAAACGGCCUGGGUACCAGUCUAUUUGUGCCAUCAUGCCACUCCUUGCCGGGUUUGGCAUGACAAGGAGUUGAAAUGAUGACACACAGAUCUGGGAGCAGCUAUCUUAAACAGUGUUGGUGAAAGGACUGAAUCAAUGGAGUUGUUCUUUAAGCAAUGUGUUACUCAGCCAAAGGGGGCAGUAAGCCCCGGGGGAAGGGGAGGUCACUCGAGGGCUCACAUCGUUUCAACUGGUAAAUCAAUGAUACAAAGCUACAAUGAUUCUGAAUGGAAACCGGGUCCUCGUGGUUCUGGUUUCAAAGCUGUUCUCUAAAAUGAGGAGAAUGAGUUAGUGGUUAAAGUAGAGCAGCCUACCCUGUCCUAGUGGUUAAAGUAGAGAAGCCUACCCUGUCCUAGUGGUUAAAGUAGAGCAGCCUACCCUGUCCUAGUGGUUAAAGUAGAGCAGCCUACCCUGUCCUAGUGGUUAAAGUAGAGCAGCCUACCCUGUCCUAGUGGUUAAAGUAGAGCAGCCUACCCUGUCCUAGUGGUUAAAGUAGAGCAGACUACCCUGUCCUAAUUAGGGUAGCUGUUUGGUUAGGUGACCCACCUUAUUGCUCAGUGGGCCCCAGAAACGAAGCCCUCUAGAGGUUCUCCCCUGUAACUCAGAGCUAAAUCUUCUGAUGUUAACUCUUCUUACUCAACCCUCUGGCUAUGUUGUAUUCAUGCUGUAUGUGGAGGCUAGCGGCUUGCAGCUGAGGUUAUAGGAGAAAAACUAAGUUUAGUGUUCACUGGUUAUGAGGGAAAUGAGCAUGUUCUAAUGAAAUGUUCUGAAGAUUGGCUCCAGAGAGCCAACAUUUUGGAAUUUAUGCACUUUGAUGAAAACUGAUAUUUGAAUUCAUUGUAUUUUUAUGUUUUGUAAUGGAGUAAUUAUCUCACCUGUAGUCAAAGUGAUCUUUCUCAGGCCUACAGUAACCAAUACAGUACCCUGACUUCAACAGUCUUUAGGUGUUAAAAGGAAUCACACGGUUCAGUGGGAGUAAUAACUCAGGUAUAUAGGUCUAUAGGAAGGUUAUAGGUCAGGGCCCAGAUUCACAAAACCUUCUUAAGGAGACAUUUAUUCUUACCUGCCAUUUAUUCCUUAACUAUAGACCUAAGAAGAAAGUUCAGCACAGUUUAUAUUCCUCAAAAAACUUCUUAGAAAUGUUCUUGUGUUUAUGUUUCUCUUCAAGUAAAAAAAAAAAUAAGAAAUUCGAUUUUUGAAAAUAAAGUUUGUUCUUGGACAUUUUCUUAAUUCCAAGAUAGCUAAACCCUUGUCUUAAACUCAGGGCAGUGAGAUAAUAAGCAAAUUAAAUUAUUUGGACGUAUUUAAUCACUCAAACUUCAUCUGAAAGUUUCAGUAUUGAUUAUUUGAAACCCCAAAACAUGUUUUAGAACGGUCAUCUCAGUAGGAAAUAUGCUAACAUGAUUGCCAUUGCUAGCUAGAUACUGUAGCUAGCUACAACAGUUUGCUUAGUGACAAUCAUUUUAAGAAGAUAGUUCAGUUUGUAAGAAAAUGAUAAAAUCUUAAGAUAUUGUUGAAGAAUUUGCACUUGGGAACUAUCUUAUGAACUUAUAUAAGGUUCUUAAGUUUUUGUAUAAGACAGUUUUGUGAAUCUGGGCCCAGGUUUCCACACCUGUAACAGUGAAUUAUACCCUGUCAAACACAACUGAUGGCUCCGUAGUGGUUGGUCUGCCAAUCAGAAGCUGAUAGCCCAUAGUUUUCCCCCAUGCAAUCUUAUGACAACUACAUUGACCUGUUUGAAAAUGUAUUGAUUUAAGUUGGAGGUAGUUUAUGGCAUGAACAUGGUGGUAAACGAAAGACUCUUUUCACCUCUACAACCAAGUUAUUACAUCUGUAACUUAACUAUAUCAAUACAAUUGAUUAAUAUAAUGCCUCAAAAAAAGUAUUUCCGAUGUGGAAUCCAAUACACUGAAAGAAGGAAUUUGGUGAAGUGAACUUGAAAAGUGCCAAAAUGUUUUUGAGGAUGAUUAAUUGAAUCGCAUUUGCACAAAACUACUGUAACUUUAGUUUUUUCCUGUGACUGAUGCUUUUAUAAUCUUAUUGUGUUAUUUAUUGCACCAAAUAAUCCAUUAAAAUAUUGAUAUGGUUAAA